UGUAAUUUAAAUUGCAAAAUGAAAAUAUUUUCAUGAGCAUCCGUUUGAAUAGACUUAUGCUUUCUGCUGGUCUACUCAUCCUAUUUUUUGCUAAAACUCUGAUAUGAAAAGCCCUAAGAACAUUUAAAGAAGGAUCAUUAUGUCGCACAUUAUUAUUAUUAUUUGUAUGACGCCCCAAAUAUACUGCGAGGGAGUGUAGAAAGCUAAUGUGUGAGAAGACUGCGCCGGUACAGAAAUUCCUAACCCGUGUGGACAGACCAUUUAAAAGGAUGCUCCCGAUGUGCCGUGAAGCGAUUUGUCCGAAGACCGUCGCUGAAAAAUCAACUUGUUGAAUGGUGCAAAGCGCUCUCGUGGUAUUCUUGGGGCAAAGAGCUUGCUGAAAAAGUUCCCGCAAUUUUUGGAUUAGUGACCACUCUUUUUUGGAUACUUAAUUCUUUGGAAGAAUAUUUCAAGAACACAACCCAGCUCAAAUAUGAAAGCCACGCUGUGGCUCUGUACCUUGGUUACAACAAUGCUUUGUCUAACCCAAAGUAUUCGUGGAUCUCCUUUUGCAACAUUUCACUAUAGCGACGAGUCACGGGGGAAUGAGCUUUUGCAGGAUAAAUUCGAGUCAUCAAAACGAGGUCACGCUUCUCUAUCAAUAGUAAAUCCACUGGAUGUUCUGCGGAAGAGGCUUCUACUUGAGAUUGCCAGAAGACAGAUGCGAGAAAAUAAUAGACAGAUCGAGAUUAAUCGGGCAAUCCUAAAGACAAUUGGCAAAAAGCGCGCAGAAGUACCGCCGGACUAUGUGUAUGAGCAACAACAAAUGGAUUUCGACGCCAAUUCGAACCCCACAAAGAAAGUUAUUCUCAGCAGAAAUGAUAACGACAUACCAGAGCUGUACAAUGAAUACAGUAGUCACAAAGGCAGCUUAUUUUAGGUUCAAUUGCCCAGCCCACCCCUAAUUCCAACUCCUCAAUGAAAAAAAAAUUUCCCCGCAAAAAAAGUGCAAGAACCAAAAUUAAUGAACAUUCCCCAAAAUGGAUCUGAUCUCUCCCCCCCCCCCACUCCCAUUCCUUGUGCAUAAUUUAAAUUAAAGAAAAAAGGAUAUUAGUAGUAUUCCAUGAAUAAUUGGAAUUCUCAUGUGACUAUGAAAACAAACAAAUAAUCAUUAAUCAGAUAAAAUCCAGAUAAAAAGGACGCAUGCUGAAGAAUUUUCGUUUAACGGCUGAUGCAACUCUGAAAGUAAUUUCCAAUUUAAUUACUUUAUUCACACAUCAACGGGCAUUUUUAAUUGAAUUGCAUCAGGAUAUGCAUAUAUAUGUUUAUGCAGAAAUUGCACACAGGAGCAAACAAUUUUUCAUGGAAUAAAUUAAAUCUUAAUAUAAAUAUUUUAAUUGCAUGUGAUUUCCAAUCCAUUUCUCUCCCAUCUAAUCAAGUUAUAGUGAAAAGGAUCAAGUCUUCUAGAAAAUAAUUUAAAAAUAGAUUUAUUAAAAGAUUAAAAAAAAAAAGAAAAAAAACGAGAGGACAAAAUAUGGAACAAUGUGACAGAAAUAGAAAAAAUAAACUAAUCUUACCACAAAAUAUUUAUUAAUUAUUAUGUAAAAGAUUGAGAUGAAAUACAUGAUUUAAAAUUAGUGACAUCCAAAUAUUCAUAUUGAAAAUUAUUUCGUAUUAUAAAAAAUAGAGAACAAGAAAACGUGAGAGAUCAAAAAAAAAGAUGGAUGAAAAGGAGGAGAAAUAUAUUGACUAAAAAUGAGAUGAUGUAUAUAAUAAAAUUUAAUUUUUAAGCAA